UUUGAACGUCACUCUCUCGUGCCAUACACCCAAUAAACGCACCCCUUGCAUUGCUAAAAAGUUAUAUUACCUGCAUUUGAAAUUAGCCAGCAGAGUUUUGAUUCUGCCACAUUGUAGCAGCGCCCAGUGCAAAUUUUUUGUACAUAUCACUUCCUCGUUACAGAAGCCAAAAGGUGUGUGUGUUGUGUUGAUGAGAAAGGUAUGGAAAACGCGAAGCUCAGCUUUCCCUUUGCCGUCGACAUAGCGGUAGACCCUAAAGACUGUGGUGCUGGCCGAUGUGAAGGCUGUUGAAUCCCCAACACCAACACGUUACCUGCAGAGCAUGUGGGUGCAAAUUGAAACCACCAGGUGCUUGUAUUUUAGUGUGGAAGGGCAAUAUUAGACGGAUCGGGGGAAACGUAACCGAACACCAAACGGAUUCCAGAGCAACAUGCCUACUCGGCGUUUUGGGUGUCACCGGUCUCUGAUCGCUCACUCUAAAAUUCCCAAACUGUCGUAUGGUUACACGAAAAUGAACACGUCAAGAAGUGACUACCGUGUCUUCUCUGCCAACUCCACCACCGCUUGCACCGAGCUGGCGAAGAAGAUCACAGAACGCUUAGGUGUGGAGUUGGGCAAGUCAGUGGUUUAUCAAGAGUCAAACACAGAGACUAGAGUGGACGUGAGAGAGUCCGUCCGUGGACAAGACAUCUUCAUCAUUCAGACCAUUCCCAGAGAUGUCAACACAGCCAUCAUGGAGCUGCUGGUCAUGGCCUAUGCCCUGAAGACGUCCUGUGCCAAGAACAUCAUCGGCGUCAUUCCCUACUUUCCUUACAGCAAGCAGUGCAAGAUGAGGAAGAGAGGAUCCAUUGUUUGCAAGCUGCUAGCAUCCAUGUUAGAUAAAGCUGGGCUAACUCACAUCAUCACAAUGGACCUCCACCAGAAAGAAAUCCAGGGAUUCUUUGGCUUCCCAGUUGACAACCUUAGAGCCUCUCCCUUCCUUAUCCAGUACAUCCAGGAGGAGAUCCCAGACUACAGGAACGCUAUAAUUGUUGCUAAGUCCCCUUCAGCUGCCAGGAGAGCUCAGUCCUACGCUGAGAGGCUGCGACUUGGGCUGGCAGUGAUGCACGGGGAAGCCAAUCACUCAGAGUCAGACAUGGCUGAUGGUCGACAAUCUCCUCCCUUGUCCCGCACCACCAUGGGACACACCGGCCUGGAGCUGCCAUUGAUGAUGGCAAAGGAGAAGCCGCCUAUCACUGUUGUCGGAGAUGUGGGAGGCAGGAUUGCCAUAAUUGUUGAUGACAUCAUCGAUGAUGUGGAGGACUUUGUUGCAGCAGCAGAAAUCCUGAAGGAGAGGGGGGCCUACAAGAUUUAUAUCAUGGCUACACAUGGCCUCCUGUCUGCAGAGGCACCUAGGCUAAUAGAGGAGUCUGCAAUAGAUGAGGUUGUUGUGACCAACACUGUUCCUCAUGAGGUGCAGAAGUUGCAGUGUCCAAAAAUCAAAACGGUGGAUGUCAGUCUGAUCCUGGCUGAGGCCAUCCGCCGUACCCACAAUGGAGAGUCCAUGGCCUAUCUGUUACGCAACAUCACCAUGGACGACUGAGGCAACACACACGUACAUUUACAUUCCUGUACACACAAAGCAAACACAUUACAGAGCGCACACACUGAGGACCAAGAAUCUGGUUUAGUGUGUUUUAAUCUGCUGUUCCUGUGUGUUCUGCUGAUAAACAUGAAGAUCGAUGCUGGCUCUAUUUACUAUAUGUCACAUACUCUGCUGUAGUUCUCUGAUGUGUUAAGACGGUGGGACUGUACAAACAAUACAAACUGUUCUACUUCACUAAUAUGUGCCUGGAAACACACACAGCAGCCUCUAGGUCUGCUGUAGAAUUUGACUAAUAAAGCUAUCCUUCUUUUUUGACUAGAA